AUGGCGGACGAUGCUACUACGAUUCAGGACGCUUUCCGGGAAUUGCACAGGGAAUUGACCAACGUAGCCCAAGUACUGAAGGAAGACCGAGAAUCUCAAGGACCACUCUUAUUAUCCCAACUUGCUCAGACGGGGUCCCUAGAAAUCCUUCGUGACAGCUUCAAGCAAUUCCUGGGAAAACCUGCGAGGAAAAAAGAAAGCCGGGAUGCUAUAUUGUCAGGAAAAAUUAAUAUUCUCGACGAUGAGUAUUCCUUAAAUAAGGACUUCCAAGAAAUUGUCUUGCAAGUCGCCGACGGCCUCGAUUUAGACGAGCUCGAAGCAGCCAAGCUGGUCAUCCUCUCGAGAGACGACGAGACUAUACUCGGGCGCCCGCUGAGAGAGUGUGCUGUUAUAAGGUUCCAUACGCAGAGAAAUACCCUCCUUAACUGCAUGCUGCUGCUCCUACAGCUUUCCAAAGAAGAGGAUGAGCUGCUUGCUGAAGAUGUUGGUGAUGGUCUUGGGUAUCUUGGCCAAUAUGUUAGCGAGAACAUCCUUCGGGAAAACUUACCGGGGAUUACAAACGAGCCCUCUCAACCUAGGUUCGUCCCUAGGUGUAUGGCUUCGAUGCGCGAUAUCAGGACCUGGCUCCAGAAUCUCUCUGAGCAGGUCGCAAGCGCUUCGGUACUAGGUCGCGUGGGCGACGCCCAAUUUCAACAGCUCCUUGAGGUAACAUACGUAGGCCUAAUCCAACAGCAUGAACUCCUUUCGGUCAUUCUCUGCCACGCAAUCGAAAAGCACGUAGCGGUUGAGAAUGACUUCGUCGACUUUCUCCAGGUUCUGAAGCAGAUCAAUAGAUACGACUCGUGCACCGUACAUCUCGUACCUGUGCUCGGCAGUUACAUAGCGAUUUUUGGCUCGACAGAGGGCAGCGGCAAUGUCGAGCAAGCCAGAAAGUUGAACCAACUCGUUUGCCAGCCGGAUGAUAAUGCACGAUCCUUACCUUUCCUCAAUGCUGCUGCCAGGGCCUGGUGGAUCGCUGAAUAUAGCGGGUGGUACAUGGAAGAUGCUGCCGGUUCGGGUCUUCCCGGUGUUGAUAUUGAUGAAGAGGACAAGCAGAGGUCACGGCAGUUCGCUGAAGCACUAAAGGAUGGCGCUUUUGAUUUCAUGCUGGCGGUUGUCGCCGAUGUUAGGGCUUCCGAGUGGGAAGAUAGUGCCCGGAAAUCUUUACGGCAGUGGCUUCGAAAAAGAACCCCAACGCUACCCCCGGAUACCCUCCCAUUUGCUAUGCCUCUACAGGAAUGCCUCGCAGCAAAGCUAGAGACGUUUGUUGAUGCCUUUAUAUCUAAUAUGCCCGAUGUGCUUCGAAGGUUGAAAAUUGAAGAAGACGAGCAGCGGCAAACUAAUCAAGCCCAGGAGCAAGACUACGAUCUGGAGAGAUUCCUUCUCAUUAUCGCCUACUCUUUCGAGGGUAGACCAGACGCCGCAGACGGUUUCUGGGGCGAUCCUGAGAAUAACCUGGCAGGAUUUCUACAAUGGGCAUCGCGCAGGGCAACGACACCCGUGCAGGCUGCGUUCUGUGAGAUGCUCCAGUCUUUAUCCGAGGAUCCAGAGUCCGCGACGGCCGCGCAUGAUUUCCUUCUGGACGAAGGGCAUCAGAUUCGAAAACCGCUGUCCAUCACGUGGUCUCAUAUCAUAAAUGAGCUGGAAUAUUUUGUUAACAAAUCCAGAGAAAAGCCCGCCGCAGCCCAAGUUAAUGUACACAGAACUGGAAAGUUCAACACCGAACAAGCGGAGACUGAACCGGAAUUUGCAGCGAUGCUGGAAUCUUAUUUGCGUCUAAUGGCUAAGCUCGCUUCUCAGAGCGAGGUCGCACGCAUUUAUCUACUCGAGCAGCCAACGUCUAAACUGGUUGAAUUGCUCUUUCACGUGAUAAGCAGCCAGGUGACAUCUCGAAUCAGAGCGUGUACCUUUGGAGCAUUGGGUUCUCUUCUUAGUCGGAAAUCCCUUGCUCAGAACUAUGGUAUGUGGCAGUAUUUAGAAGCGUGCCUCAGUGGAAGUUACCUUCCGCCUACGACGAACAAAGCUCUAGCCUCCGCCGCAGGCUCUCCGCACUCGUCUAUCUUUAUGGAGGCGCUUUUUCAGGAAAUGAGCCCACAUGUCGAUGACGCCAGCGCAUUCAUACGAUUUCUAGUCAGUUUGACAUCUCUCCCGGAAGGAUCCGGUCAAUUGAACGACGCGCUGCCGUAUCCAGAGGAUCUCGGCGCGUCUACUCGGAUGCGUCCUGGGAUCGAGCCGUACAUCGACUUUACUUUGGGGCACAUGUUCUCCGUUAGGGCUCAAGAAGUUUCAGAAGUUGUACAGCAGAGAAUGCUCCGGUUGUGUUGCUUAGACCUCGCACUUACCUGCGUUUCUAGCUUCAACGAGGACUUGAUUAUAUUCAGUCAUAAUACUACUGUCAACGUGGAUUCUGCUAUUCAGAGCGGAAGCCUAGAGAACUAUGUCACUCUUCACCCAUUCGCUAGGGUCAUGGAGUGGAUGUACGACAGCAGGUUCAUGAAGGGCAUUCUCGACACGAUACAGCAAAACUCAAAAGACAUCGAGAGAGCCCCGCAAGAUUCGCCUCUCAUCAAUAGCGUUAUACGCGCGGUCGAGCUCGUCUCAAAAGCUCUUGAUCUUCAAGCUACCUAUUUUGAGAUCGUUCGGAAAAUGUUAAAGCCACAGGCUCGAGCGCAAAGCCGAUCACCAUAUACGCCGACGUCCAAUGGGGCAUAUGCUUCGAUAGAAGACGGCCUCAUGAGCAACAUGAUGUUGAUGUCUGACCUGGGUAUUUAUUGUGGUAUAGGCCACCCGGAAUUAACAUUAGCCAGUCUAAAACUCCUGGAGAAGAUAUCGUCGUCGCCCAAGGCAAUUUCGGCCUGGCAUUCCGGAUCUCCAAGGCAGCUCCAUCGAAACAAGGCGAUCAUGGCCUUGGAAGAGCGUGGCGACGCAGCCACCAUAGCCGGCUCUUUUAUUGGCGAGUUUAAAAAUCCCUUAGACUUCCGUAAGAAAGAUGAUUCGCCGGACUACAAAACUAAAGUCUAUAUUCUCGAUUUCAUCUACUCUUGCUUACAGGCGAGCCCGGAUCGGCCUACAAUCGCUCACCUAUUCCUCGGUUUUCGUUGCGGGACUAACACGCUCGAAAUUGAACCCGACGGCUUAUUUCACAAGGAGGCGUCGCUAUUUCACGCGUUGCUACCCGUGAUUCUGGGCCUUCCGUCGAAGGACGAAGAGGGAUCUAUGCAGAAAUGGUUGGUCAACCUGAAGUAUAAGGUGAUGCGAAUUCUCAGGAUACUCUGGAGCUCUCCCCUGUCGGCCAGCAUCGUUCUCGAGGACCUCCGAGAAAACGACUUCCUGUUCCAUAUUUUAAUGCAAGGCCUUGUAGCUCAGCAAAGCCUCGUGUGGGAUGGGUACGAAGCUCUCGGUCCGGACUUCCUCACGUAUCCGGCGGCCGAAGGGUAUGUCGAUUAUCUUUCAAUAAGGGCUAUGGCGCUUGAGUAUAUUACUCGCGAGCUUUGUAGCGUCUCUCGUGGCCAUACGCCAGCGCUCAAGAGACGGGUAUUCGACGCUCUUGGCGGCCAGAUCAGAGCCGACGGUCUAGAGGUUAUACCCGUAUCUUCGGUGUUCGAGUUUCAAGAUUCAUUGCCCCAGGAAAGCUUAUUCACAGCUGCUCCACCCGAGCUCAGGAUGUACGGAGAACACGAGUUACGGCCGUGCCUGGAAGAAGAUGACGACCUAGUUCGGAUAUACGACCUGGACAAAGUCCGAGAGAUUCUGCUUCUCAAGCGCAACGAGGCUCGCAAAUCUGGCCAGCUUGUUCUGCAGCAAGACGUUAUGGCUAUGGAUGCGGAAGAAGAAAGCCUGCUACUGUACUUGAGGUACUUGAAUCGGUUCACGCAGGUGAAAUCGCGCAGCCUCAAGGUUCUGGCAAAUUGGACGAAACUCUUGAUGGUGAUGACCGACUGCAAUGACUUCAAGGGUACAAACAAGGUCUCGUUCAUACUACAGACCCUACAAGCAACGCUCCCAAGCCUCGAAUUGUAUAGUUCGGAGAACCCUAGUGCCGCUCUAGAGCUGGCUAAGCUUGCUAAGGUGUUAGUAUUCGAAUUAGAUUUCGCAGCGAUGACUUCUACCGACAAACAAAGCAAAGCGGUAGAAAACCUGACGAGCGACAAGCUUUUCCAACUCCUUCAGGUCUGCCUAAGCGCUAUCGCAAAAUGGGCCGGCAAUCAAGAAUUGCGCGCAGUCUAUUACAGCAUCUGCUACCGCCACCUGACGGGACUGGUGGACCACGGACAAGGAGGUUCGUCAAGCCUCCGAAAAACAACUAGAACAAUACGGGCAUUCGGUGAAAAGCUUCUAAAUGUUAUCUGCGAUGACGCAUUUGGCGGAGACGCAGCAUGUCAGUCGGCAGCCUUGAUUCUCUUAGGAACGCUAGUCCAACUUGGUAAGCAGGAGAAUGAUAACUUCGUGGUAGAAGCGUUGAACAGGCUGAACUUCAUCGGUAUACUUGUGGAUUCUCUGCGUGGGGUGCUAGUAGAAUGGGAGGAGGUUGAUCGGACAGGCGAUUCGGAUCAGCAGAACUAUUUAAACGCCAAACUCGCACUACUACUACAAUUGUGCCAGACGCGAGAGGGCGCCAAGAAUGUUCUACAUGCGAAUCUAUUCCGCACUAUCGAACAGUCGGGAUUGUUUUCGGUGGAUCCAGAAUUGCAGGUGGAUUCGACAGAUAGCAGAGGCCUGCAGAGGCACUAUACUCUCUUGGUCAACGUGGCCCGCAUCAUCGGUGCCGCGAUAGUUAGUCGGGGAUCGCAUAACGUGCUGCAAGGCAGACGGUUCCUGACCGAGCACAGAAUGUUGGUUAUGCACGUCCUCAAACGUUCCGCUGGAAUUGGCGCGGGAGGAGGGAAGACGGAUGCGCUGCUUUCGGAACGCGUCGAUGAAUUAGCCGAAGCGUUCAUGGUCAUUAUCACUGCGACGGGAUUUCUAGAGUUUGAGGGCGGCAGCCUGGAUGAGGACAAAAGGCCCGCGCCGAUCCUAUUCCACUGA